AUGCGUAAGUUGGAAUGGGAUGACAUAGGAGUGAAAGUUGAUGGUCGGCAGCUAUACCAUUUGCGCUUUGCUGAUGACAUCGUACUGAUAGCACCUAGCAUCAGCCAAGCGGAACGAAUGCUGACCGAAUUCGACGAAACAUGUGGAUGCAUCGGUCUUCAGCUGAAUCGGCAAAAGACGAUGUUCAUGCGUAACAGAUGGGCCCCCUUCACGCUCAACGGAACGAACAUAUCCGAAUGCACCAGCUACGUUUAUCUGGGUCGGGAAUUGAACAUGAAGAACGACCUGAUCCCCGAGCUGGGCAGGAGAUGA